CCCGUUACUGCUCCGCCCAGCAGAGGACAUUUAAAGAAAGUAUACAAGUCAGUGUACAAGUCAGUAAGUCAGACAAGAUUCAGACAGUAGCAGUCUUUCAAGAUGACACCGAGAGCUCUACUGUGCGUGACUCUGGUGGUUGCCAUGUUUGGGAACCCUGCGGACGCAAGAUUCAACGCUGCAGACAAGCUCAUGCAAAUGUCCGAAAGGGCAAUAGAAAUGAUCUCAAUGCAGGAUACUGUCCUCGCCAUCAAAGCUCGAACAAACUCGAUCCGAGCCUUCAACCACAUGAAACAAGGCGACAAGGAGAAAGCUCAAAUGAGCAUGUACAGAGCAAUGGUCGGUCUAACCAUGGUGAACGGUGCCGGCGGUCUUGUAGUACAGAACCCUAUGACCAUGGUCUUUGUGAAUCAUAUGAAGAAAAGAGCCGACAAGGAUUUUGCCGGCGCGGUUGCGGCCUGGAAAAAAUACAAUACUGCCAUCAAAGAUGGUGUAUACGGUAGCACGGAUUUCUUAGCGGAGACAACAAAGCUUAAAGACGAUGCAAUAGAUGUAUUGAGAAACACUGUAAAAAACCUCCCAGAUUCUGACGAUUUGGUGAAAACGCUACGCCGAGCAUCGAAAUGGGCAAAGGUCGCCAAGUAUAUCGAUUUCCUGGGGCCGUGGUUUGACGUCUUAAGUAUUGGGCUUGACAGUAUGGAUUUAUAUGACGCCAUAAAGGACGGCAACACACCUGGGAUAGUGUCCGCUAGCCUUGGAAUAGCCUCAAGUGUCGUGGGCCUCGCAACAGUAGCCGCCGUAGCAUUUGGCGUAGUAACCGGCGGAGUAGGUCUUCUCGCUCUGGGCGCUCUCAGUGCUUGUCUUGGUCUGGCGGGGACCAUUGUAGAACUCGUGUAUCAAGACCCUUGCUGUAACCAGGGUGCCAGUAUAGACCCUCUGAUCCAACUAAAGGAGGCUUGGUAUGAAGAGUUGAAGCAUUCAAAGGAAUAUCUUGACAGGUUCCCGAAAGAAUACAAAUGCCACGAUUUCUACGAGAGCAAUCCAGCUUUAAUGCAGAUACGAGAAACUACUCAAAACACCAAUCCUCUUAAGUUAACACGAGAUGAUACAGCUAACUAUGAUGCAGGCGCUAAAAUUGUGCAUGGAAAUAAUGGAAACGUGGGCAGUGAAUGGGAAGGGUAUGUGCUAGUCAGAGAGUCUAUUCUUGAUGGCACUUUCGUAAUCCUUGAUACUAAGCUCGCAGGGAAUGGCAACUACAAGCUAAGGGGUGCUGAUAUUAGGACGUACAGAUAUUUACAUCACAAAUAUGCCGACUUCGUCAUGAUUGGAGACUUCUGGAAUCUGGAAAUUGGGCAGAAGAUAAACAUUGAUACAGGUGGUGGAAAUGAUACCAUCCACAUUAACGGUCCCAUCGGACAGCCUACAAGGUACUUUGAUGAAAACACCCUUACGAUUGAUACAUGCGAAGCUUGCGAAGCCCUGAACACGAUUUCGUUCUCCAACCUCAAAACACCGAAAGACAGUGUCCAUAGCAUUACUGGAGCAUUCUUCAGCGCUAAAACCAAUCAUGUUGGCCUUUGGUACUCCCCUGAUAUACUCCACAAGUUUGGUACAAUAACAGGGCCGAUCAACAUGAUCAUCGGCAGCUCCUAUGAUGACCUCAUAGAGUUGGACAGGACAGCCUUCUACGUGGAACAGACAGAAGGAGCAAACAAGUACAUGCUCGAUGCAUCAUCAUUUAUGUUCAGCGGAUCUGACUUUAAGUACUAUGAACUUGUUGAUUCAUCUGAGAGCUACAAACUUUCAGGAAAGCAGCCUGAGCUCGUAGUUUGCAGUUAUAAUAAGAUUACCAUCAAAAACUUCGAUUGGACUGAUGAGGGACAAAUCUUGAAAUUCAGAGUUAAUGAUCGUAGGCGGUCUAUUCGUUUCCAAUCCCUCACGGAACCAAAGGUGUCCAUUUACCAAACCGAUUCCUACCAUGACUGUGUCUACAGUCUAAAGAAAAAAAAUCCUGUGAAGACAUUCGACAUGACAAUGGCAAAGAAGGUUGACACGUCAUCUAACCAGAAGCUGCCAGAUUUUGAAUUCGUCAACCGUCCAUACGGGAAUGGUGGGGAUGAGUACAUCCGGUUCCUCAAACCGGCCGCCAACGCAGUCCCGUAUCUAUUUGUAAAUAUGGGCGGUGGAAAUGACACAGUCAUCCUGACAGAAGAUCUUAUGACAACAAUCAUAAAUACAGGAUGUACUUUUGAACUAAGGGAGGAGUCAGGUAAAGACUGGAUGUACAUCAGACAGGGCUUUUACAAGGAUGUGGAGUUACAGGACGUGGAGAUGAUAGCGAAUGAAAACAGAAAUGUGCUUGUCGAUUUGAGAAAACCUGUUGAAGGCACCAUCGACCUGAAAGCAAAAUAUGAGAUGGCGAGGCCGAAUGACUGGCCCUGAUUAAAUAGUUUGUCUAUGAUAUAUCUCUAGCGGGUGAUCACUUAGUGUUUCAAUAAUAAUUAUCUCUAUCUUAGGGCGCGUUUUUUUACUCGUGAUUCCGGAAUAAGAAUGAUUAGAAUAGAAAAAGCGCGUGUUCGUUUAUCCCGCGUUCCCAUUACGGAAUGUAAUGAAGGUCAUUCCACCCUCUUUGCUACCUGUAGCAGAACGACUCGAAUGCCAUUCUGAACAUUCUCUACCAACCAUUCCCAUUCCAGAAUGAUAGGGAAAAAAACGAACGCCUCUAGUGCGUCCAUGAUCUAUAUUUUAGUGCGUCCAUGAUCUAUAUUUUAGUGCGUCCAUGAUCUAUAUUUUAGUGCGUCCAUGAUCUAUAUUUUAGUGCGUCCAUGAUCUAUAUUUUAGUGCGUCCAUGAUCUAUAUUUUAGUGCGUCCAUGAUCUAUAUUUAAGUGUGACCAUGAUCUAUAUUUUAGUGUGUCCAUGAUCUAUAUUUUAGUGCGUCCAUGAUCUAUAUUUAAGUGUGUCCAUGAUCUAUAUUUUAGUGCGUCCAUGAUCUAUAUUUUAGUGCGUCCAUGAUCUAUAUUUUAGUGCGCCCAUGAUCUAUAUUUUAGUGCGUCCAUGAUCUAUAUUUUAGUGCGUCCAUGAUCUAUAUUUAAGUGUGUCCAUGAUCUAUAUUUAAGUGUGUCCAUGAUCUAUAUUUAAGUGUGUCCAUGAUCUAUAUUUUAGUGCGUCCAUGAUCUAUAUUUAAGUGUGUCCAUGAUCUAUAUUUUAGUGUGUCCAUGAUCUUAGUGUGUUCAUCAUUUCAGUUUGAAGUCUUUUAACACGAGACUUGCUUGUCUACCUUAAUCAUAGAAUAUGAACUUGUAGCAACAACAGAAAUUAAAGGGCCAGCUUAUA